AUGUCGGCAGCAUUUCCUGAGUUCGACGAGGUGUGGCGUUGGGACGGAUGGACAACUCUUGAUGAGCAUACCAAUGAUGGUGCGGUGGACUUGGACGGCAAUGUCGUGCUCGUGGGGUCACAAGGCUACGCGGCCGCAGAAGACCUUCUCGAUGACACUUUCGUAGAUGCCUAUUCCGGAGAUUUUGCCGCCGUCAAGUUGGAGGGCGCGUCAGGCGAAGUGCUGUGGACUUGGACAGCUUCCUCUUUGGGGAGCGAAGCGGAUAUGUUUCUCGCAGUGGACACUGACAGCAACAACGAUAUCGUCAUGGGAGGUCGGACGGAGGGGUACUGGUCAUCGUCCAACCCCGACAGUGUCGCACAUAUAGCGGUCGUGAAGCUUGAUGGGGGUACGGGGGAUGAGAUAUGGAGGUACCAAGAACACCCUCCGGACUCGUACACGUCUUUGGGAAGUUAUUUUUAUUACGGUUACGGCAGCGUGAGCGGUGUGGCUGUCGACGGCGACGAUAAUUGCCUUUUGGUGGGCCAAACCUAUGGCAGCCUGGUCUACGGCGAGGGUGACCCUGGAGAUUCUGAUUUCUUCGUCAUCAAGCUAGACGGGACGGACGGUAGCGAGAUCUGGACAGUACAAGGCGGAGAGUCGGCGAGCUUUGAUUCAUUGCACCACGUAAAGGUGGACUCGGGCGGAGAUCUGAUCGUCGUCGGCAUAGGUGGAGACGAAGACGCGGUGAAUGUUGUCGUGGUGAAGUUCAGCGGCACCGACGGCGCGGUUCUCUGGGAAUAUUCACCUGUCACGUCGUCCACUCAUGAUGUUCCCGCGUCGGUCGACGUUGACACCCAGGACGAUGUGUAUAUUGCUGGCGGCUACGAUGCCCUGAAUCUGCAGGGCACUCUAGCAGAAACUCCGGUGGUGCUGAAGCUAGACGGGGCGACAGGCGAUGUCGUGUGGACCUACGAGGGCGUAGCCACAUCGAGCGCUGGGUUCCGAUCCGUAGCCGUGGAUCUCACCACGGGGUGGGUUGUGGGUGCUGGCUGGACGACGGGGACCUGGUUGACGGGUGCAGCUCAAGGCGGCUAUGACUUCGCGGCGGUGGUGCUAGAUGGGGUCACUGGAGAUGAACUAGGGCGCUACCAGGAUGGUACCACCGAUGACGACAGUCUUAAGUUCGUUGGAUUUGAUUCUGUUGGGGGCUUAAUCUUGGGGGGAUCCUGGACGGACACCGGCGAAGCUGAGUUCGUCGCGAUCAAAUUUGCACCCUUCGAACUUGUAGCGCCUACACCGGCCCCUACCCUCCCUCCAACGCUCGCGCCAACGCUCGCCCGAACACCCGCGCCAACGGUCGCUCCAGUCACCUUGGCUCCCAUGACGACUCCUUCCCCUCUAGCCAUAUCGGCGGAUGCGGGCGAUCCAACACCUGCUCCGUUUCAGUUGAACCAACCACCCCAAACCACCGAGUCUCCAGUCGGCCGUGGCUUAACGACACCGGCCCCGACAACUUCGGCGGCUGCUGCAGCAGUGCUCUCCGAGUGGGAGAUUGCGGCCAUCGCAGGCGGGGGGUCGUUCCUCCUUCUACUCCUCGGGCUCUGCCUUUUCUGCUUCAGACGCAAGCGCCCUGAAGGUCAGCAAGGUGCAGCCAAAGGUGCAUCGCGACCUCUUCCAGUGGAAGGUUUCGGCGGUUUGAGUGUGCAAGGCGAAAUUCUUCAACCUCGACCGCCAGUCAAAGCGAGCGGAGUGGCAGAGUUUGCACCUCCUGCACCUCCUGCUCCAAAGACACCCCUGCCCCCACCGGCAGAACCCCCUCUCCCGCCACCACCGGCCUACAACUCGCCACCCCUUCCACCGCCUGAAGUUGUUGCCACCGAGACCGAGGAGGUUCCGCCACCGCCACCCUACGAGGAGAUGAAUGCCCCGGAGCCUGCGGCAGCCCCGGCUGAAGCACCAUGGGAACGACUAGCCAAGCGAGUGGCCCGCGUCCCCAGCAAGAAAGCGUUCGAACAGAACUACCGAAACAUUUCGGUCAGCCAGUACGCACCGUACGCACCGUCUACAACCAACCGGUAG